GUGAAGCUGAUUGCAUGACUCGAACUCGGGCGUUUUUGAAGUCGUCUGAUAAUGCGCAAUAAGAAAAACUAUACCUGACGUACAGGGAUAUGUAGCUGACCGUCAUCGGCUAUGCUGGUGCAAUACGUCAUCAACUUUACCCCUCUACCCCUCACUGGAUUGCUCAACCGCCAUACGGUCGAAAAGCUCUCCAACCCAAGCUUCCAGCUUGUCAUGUAGAGAGCUAGGUGAGAUCUACAGGCAACGGCAUGUGAAACAGCCUCAGCCUUGCGUGCAUCAGGUCAUGCCUAGGUGAAUUGAGUUUCACAUCCCCCAUCACACUCCAGACAUACUCGUCCACAUGGAUCCUCAUCGGCCAAGGCAUGUAGUCAUAGUUGGUGGCGGAAUAAUCGGGUCCACCACGGCCUACUUUCUCACGCGACACCCCGCCUUCAACCCGGCCAUACACCGCAUUACCUUACUAGAAGCCAGCUCCAUCGCCGCCGGCGCAUCGGGCAAGGCGGGCGGCCUCCUUGCGCUCUGGGCCUAUCCCCAAUGUCUCGUGCCCCUAUCCUACUCCCUGCACACCAAGUUGGCAGCUGAACACGGUGGUGCUGAACGGUGGGGCUAUCGGCGAGUGGAGUGUGGCCAACUCACUGCUACGGUUGUCAAGAGCAAGAAAUUGCCGAGUGGGGGUACACUCAAGAAGCAGGAAACGCCGGCGAAGGACGGGCAGGAUUGGCAGAAGCUGCCCAAGCAAGACCAAGCUGCCGCUAAACUGCUGCAAGAAUCGGCGCUGCCUUUCGAUCUCGAUUGGAUCAAUGGCAGUCUAGUGCGUGAAUACGCCGAGAUGGGGAUGCCGGGUCAUACCGAGACAGCCCAAGUACAUCCACAUCAGUUUACCACGUCAAUAGCGGCUUUGGCGCAAGAGCGUGGUGUGGAUAUCAAGCUCAAUGCCCGCGUCACGAAACUAGGUCUCAGUCCUAUGAAAGAAGAAGUCGAAGCCGUUGAAUACCUAGACCGGAUAUCAAACGAGACAGAGACGAUAAAAGGUGUUACAGAUAUCGUGGUGGCAGCUGGCCCCUGGACGGGCCGCCUUUUACCCAAGACGAGCAUCGAAGGCUUGAGGGCGCAUAGUGUUGUUUUUCAGGCCAAUGUAAGUCCGUACGCCGUGUUCACCAACAUUACGCUACCAAAGGACUGGAAACCGGCACAUCGUGACAAGAAGCGGCACAAGGGAAAUGUGGAUCCCGAGAUAUACGCACGUCCUGGCAAUGAGGUGUACGCUUGUGGCGAGCCUGAUUCGACGAUACCGCUGCCGGAAACAGCAGAUGAGGUUGAAUGCGAUGAAUCCCAGUGCGAUGACCUGAUAUCAUACAUUGGCACCGUCAGCCCUGUGUUGGGGGCGGCACCGAUAGCAGCUAAGCAGGCAUGCUAUCUACCAAGACAUAUACGUUUUGGGGAUGAAAGGGGUCCACUGAUAGGAGAGCUCAACGUAAAGGGGCUAUUUGUGGCUUCGGGGCACACGUGUUGGGGUAUACAGAAUGGGCCGGCGACAGGGAAGCUGAUGAGCGAGUUCAUCUUCGAUGGUGAAGCGACGAGUGCGGAUAUCAGCGUGCUAGACCCUAAGAAGUUCAAAGUCGGGGUAUAACCUGACACUGGGUUGGUUGAAUGCUGUUUUGGCAUGGCCGGCCUAGAUGACUGGCUGAAAGGGACCUUGAGAUAUAAGAGAGCUACAGGGCAUCACAAAGUCCUCGGUCUCAUAGGAAUACGGCUUUAGAUCCUUGUCCCUGCUUUUGAAUCCGAGCCUGGCAUUUUCAACAAUAGUAAAAUGGAGACGAUGAAGUAAUAGAUAUGUUCUCUUGGAAGAAAUACACAUGGAUUCGUCCUCUCGAAAGAGGGACGUUGUCCUAAACAUGAG